CGGGGUGCGGAGCUCUGUGCUGCGGUGUUUCUGUGGGGGGGGUCCCGGUCCGGUUCCGCGAUGUCUGAUCCAGCUCAGCAACCUGCUCCCGGGGCCCCCGAAGGGGGAGCCCCUGGUGGGGCCCCCCCCCGGACAAGCCACCAACGUGAGCAGUAACCGCCGGCUGCAGCAGACGCAGGCCCAAAUGAAGGAGGUGGUUGAUAUAAUGUGUGUAAAUGUAGACAAGGUGCUGCAACGAGAUGAGAAACUGUCCGAGCUAGAUGACCGGGCAGAUGCACUUCAGGCCGGUGCCUCACAAUUUGAAAGUAGCGCAGCAAAACUCAAAAGGAAGUACUGGUGGAAGAACUGCAAGAUGAUGAUCAUGAUGGGAGUGAUUGGUGCCAUUGUGGUGGUGGUGAUUGUAAGAUCCUUAAACCCAGAAAGCAAUUCUCCACUGGUGUUGGGACAUACGUUCAGGAUCCAGAUGAAGACCUCCAAGAGUAGCUCACAGCAUAUCUUGGAGCAUGGCUGGAAUAAAGGUAUUUAAAGUACCAUGCUCUGCUGGGAACUCAUCUUCUGAGUGAGCUCAGGUGAGCAUCGGCACCUCUGCUGCUCCUGCAGAGUCUGCUAUCCUGGACAAAACAUGGUUUUAAAUGUGCACUAAAAGCAAGGCCAAGGUUUUGGCAGAGUAGAUCUUCAUACGUCUAGUUAGAAAUCCAA